AUUUGAUUUGUAGAGGGGGUCGGGAGGACGAGAGGUAGAGGAGGGCCGGAGGUUUGAAUGAAGCCUGUAGCUGUAGUGUAGUGUAGUUUUAGGGAGUGAGUGAGUGAAUAUCACGGAGGGCGGCGGAUUGGCUGUGAUUUUGUGACAUAUGUUCAGUUAGGUGCAAAUUAAAAACAAUCAGUUUCACACGUACACGUCCGGAGUCCAGACAACAUGUCGCGAUUUUUCACGUAUAUCGCUUCCGCGGUGCUUUGUUUUAGCCUAGUUAAUACUAACAAUGCUCUUAAAUUUUAUCAGGAAAAGAACUUCCAUGAAGCCCAAGAACUAACAGACCAGGACAUUAAGAACAUAGCUGCCAUGUCAGACAUAACACAUUUUAGAACAGUGCUAGACAAGAUCAUGAUCCCUAGAGUAGUUGCAACACCCAACCAUGGCAAAGUGAACAAAUUCAUCAAGAAAGAGAUGUCAAGUCUAGGUUGGAAUGUAACAGAAGAUGCAUUUGAUGAUCAAACGCCAGUAUUUGGCACAUUGCGGUUUAAGAAUAUAAUUGCCACAUUGAAUCCAAAUGCAGACAGAUAUUUGGUGCUAGCAUGCCAUUAUGAUAGUAAAUAUACAAGGGAACAUGUGUUUAUUGGUGCCACAGAUUCCGCUGUACCAUGUGCCAUGAUGAUAAAUCUAGCCAAAGUGAUGGGCCCCAAGCUAGAGAAGUUAAAACGGGCAAACCUGAGCCUGAUGUUCAUAUUCUUUGAUGGAGAGGAAGCAUUCCGGCAGUGGGGGCCUACAGACUCCAUCUAUGGCGCUCGGCAUUUGGCCAAGCAGUGGCAUGGGAUGUCUUAUAAGGAUGGUGCUAAUCAUUUGCAGAGGAUGGACGUUCUAGUGCUUCUAGACCUCCUAGGCGCCCCAGACCCAGUGUUCUACAGCUACUUCCAGUCUACAGAGAAGUGGUACGUGAGGCUGGCGAGCGCAGAACAGCGGCUAGCGGAGUUGGACCAGCUCGGAGGCUACACUAAGGGCAGGGCCGAGCAGACAUACUUCAGACUGUCGAGCUCAAGGUCUUUUGUGGAAGAUGAUCAUAUCCCGUUCUUGAGGAGAAACGUGGACUGUCUCCACAUAAUCCCGUCCCCGUUCCCGGACGUGUGGCACACGGCCGGCGACGACGCCUCGGCGCUGGACUUCAACACCAUUGAGAACCUCAACAAGAUCAUGCGAGUGUUUGUGACGGAAUACCUGCACACGCAGGCCUAGCUGUACAACCGAUGGCGGCUUUGGAGGGUUAUAGUUACUUAAUGAGUUACAUUCCGAAUCAGACAUGUUUAUGAUGUUUCCGUUUGACGGUAUUCGAUGUUAUUGUCCUUUAGAAAGGACAUCAUUGUUGAACCAAGCAAAAAAUAUUCUAAAAAUUUAGCCCAUGUGAAUUUUAAUAGGUACUUAUCAUCAGCACAUGCAAUUCUAAUGGAUAAUGCUACCUUAACCGCAGACUUGGCAAGGUACUCGUUAUUUUACAUGUUCCAGCAGUUUCCAAAACUAGACAUACCUAUAAAUCCAAUGUAUCGUCAGGUGACACGAAAACACACUUUACAAUUUAGUUGCAAAAAAUAAUCCAAAAUCAACCUUGUGUUAUUACUGUUACGGUUCACUAUGUCUCUGAACUUGUUGUAGUAAUUAUAAAUUGUUGGUUGUCACCUAACGGUAUGAUAUUAUUCUCCUUUAUAAAGGGCAUAUUUUUUGGAGCAUAACCAAAUAUCUAUAGAUUUUAAAGACAUCGAGACUCUUACCAGUGUUUGUAUCAGAGGACAAGCAGGCAAAGGCAUAGAGCAGGCAGGCAUGGCAGGUCCUGGUUACUUAGUGUUCUACAUUCCGAAUUAUAAUUAUAUAACAAUAUAAAUGUUUGUGAGUUUGACUACCGGAUGUCUACGCUUGGCUGUGUACGAUAUUAUGCACUUUUAAAAGGAUUUUAUAAUAAUUUAUCUGCUUAUGGUGUCAGAAAA